CUUCGUGUUGUCUGUCGUGUCUGUCCAGCUUGCCCUUCAGUCUUCAACCCUUUCCCUCCCCUGUUCCUUAUAUAUCCUCUCACACUACACCUCUACCCCACGAUUUCGCUUAGCCUAAGAUCUCUGCACAAUGUCGUCGCCUACGAGUGGUUCACGCAGCCCGAGCUGGAAGGCCACGGACUCAGGGUAUGCCAGCGGUUCAAACAGUGAAAUUGGCUUGCCCGAGGUGUAUUUCACCAAACCACACUUGAAAUUCCUCAACCGACAACUUCAAUUCCUCGAGCCUCAAGAAAUCCUCAGAUGGUGCAUCACCUCUCUUCCCCAACUCUACCAGACCACAGCGUUUGGCCUGACUGGCCUGGUUACGCUCGACAUGUUGUCCAAGCUUAAAAUCCCUCGACCACAAAUGGUCGAUAUGAUUUUCAUUGACACACUGCAUCACUUCCAAGAGACGUUGGACCUUGUGGACAACGUGCGAGCCAAGUAUCCUCUCGUCAACCUUCACGUAUACAAGCCUGAAGGAGUGGAAAAUGCCGACGAAUUUGCGGCCAAGUAUGGUGACAAACUGUGGGAAAAGGAUGACGAACGAUAUGAUUAUCUUGCCAAGGUGGAGCCCACUCAAAGGGCCUAUCGUGAGUUGCAAGCCUACGCCGUCUUGACUGGUCGACGACGAAGUCAAGGCGGUCAACGUGGGGAUCUGGACAUUAUCGAGGUGGAUGAGGCUGGGCUUAUCAAGAUCAACCCCCUGGCCAAUUGGUCAUUCAAGGAAGUGCAGCAGUACGUCAAGGACAAUGACGUGCCUUACAACGUUCUCCUCGACCGAGGUUACAAGAGCGUUGGUGAUUGGCACUCGACUCAGCCUGUGAAGGAAGGUGAGGACGAGCGGGCCGGACGGUGGAAGGGUCAGGCCAAAACAGAGUGCGGGAUUCACAAUCCCCGCUCCAAGUAUGCGCAAUACUUGAUGGAACAGGAGAAGAAGCGAGAACGAGAAGCACUCGAGCAGGCUCUGCAGAGGGUCAGCGUCGAGGCAUAGAUCCCACAGUGUACAUUCAGCUUCUUAGGCAUAGCGAUGGCGUUUGGGAAACUACAUACUAGCUCCUGCACCAAAAGGAUGCACUGCAUAGAAAAUCAUGAUCUAAUGAAUAUUCA